UGCCCGGCGUGGCCUCAAACAUAAAGCUCAUGCUUACACGGAUCCAAGCUCGCCGGGUAGGUUUGUAGCCUCUUUAACGUAAGGGGAAAUUCAUGCACUGACAAAACCCAAUUGGCGUCUUGAAAAGGCAAUUUGAUGACAACAUGGGUGAAAUAUGAAAUUUUCUAUCCAAGCUUCGUCUGCAAAUUUGCCUAAUUGGGACUUGAAAGGAGCUUUAGACGUAGCAGGUUCGCACAAGGGGGUUUUUCCCCCGCUAUUUUCCGCUUUUCGGAAUAGACCUUGGGAGAAAAACGCAGAUAAUCCCUAUGGAUUCAUUUACAUCUCGCUGUUUCAGCUCUGUCAGUGUAAAGAGGCAAAAGCGGUGCACAGACACCUGUGCCAGGAACACACGCAUCUCACCUAACAUUCGACCACCGACAACUAUCUGGGAUGUAUAACCGGUUUCAGGGCAGUUAAAUUCGGCUAUAUGGGCA